AAAAUGGCAUUGGGCAUUGCAUUUGGCAGCUUUGAUGACGCCUUUAAGUUCCACACACUGAAGACAUCCAUUGCAGAGUUUACCUCCACUCUGCUAUUCGUCUAUGCUGGCGUCGGCUCGGCCAUUGCCUUCGAUAAGUUGACGUCGGACGCGUCGCUAACUCCGGCGGGUCUAGUGGCUGUCGCGGUGGCUCAUGCGCUGGCACUCUUCGUGGCCGUCUCCAUUGCGGCCCACAUCUCCGGCGGCCACGUCAACCCAGCGGUCACAUUCGGCCUCACCUUGGGCGGCCACAUCACCGUGCUUCGUGGCGUCUUCUACUGGAUUGCUCAGCUUCUGGGCUCCACCGUGGCCUGCCUCCUCUUGAAACUCACCACCGGCGGUCUUGCGAUUCCGACCCACAGUGUGGCAUCUGGCAUGAGCUUAGGAGAGGGAGUGGUGAUGGAGAUUGUGAUAACAUUUGGACUGGUGUACACUGUGUAUGCCACGGCUGCAGACCCGAAGAAGGGUGAUGUGGGGAUCGUUGCACCCAUUGCAAUUGGGUUCAUCGUGGGAGCUAACAUCUUGGCCGCUGGACCCUUUUCUGGUGGGUCCAUGAACCCUGCUCGUUCUUUUGGACCGGCCUUGGUGAGUGGUGAUUGGAAGGACCACUGGGUUUACUGGGUUGGUCCUCUUGUUGGGGGAGGUCUUGCUGGUAUUGUUUAUGGAGGUCUCUUCAUCGACCCUCCCACUCAUGUUCCCCUCGCAACGGACUACUAG